AUGAAUAACCUGAUAAAUCAUGAUGAAAUUCAUAAAUGGAAUCAUUCAUUACGUGAACUUCUUUAUGAUGGUAAACCAGAAGAAGUUCUUAAACAAUAUCAUAAUCGACAACCACGAUUAUUUGAUUUAUCCGUACAAAUAUAUAUGAUCAUAUUAAAUAUGUACUCAAAAGGAGGUUAUUUCGAUCUAGCGGAAAAGAUUCUCUCAGAUCUAAUAGCAUCAUUACCAAUAUCAACUAAUCCUCAUCAUAUUGAUCCAACAGCUUUUUCUAUACUUAUCACUGGAUAUAAUCUUCACCGUCAACCAGAAAAAACUUUGAUCACAUUUGAUCGUGUUCAAUAUCCUGAUGCUAUUUCUUAUUUAUUUUCAUUUCAAGCAUGUUCACAAUUAAAAGAUCUACAACAAGGAAAACGAUUAAUUAAUAAAUUAGCACAAUUAAAUAUAGAUCUUCGAAAACAAUUUAAAUUAUAA